GCCUUCUUCUGUCUCCGCCCCUUCGCGCCUAGGCGGCCUCGCCGCUUUAAGAGCGCGGCUAGCGAUUGACAAGCAAUAACCGUGGAGCGCCCGGCUGCACGGAGUCGCCAGGAGCUAGGGGCUCCCCAAGACGCAGGAGACUGAUUCCAGAGUCCUCGCUGACCUCACCAUGCCAGUUGCCGCCACGAACUCCGAGUCUGCCAUGCAGCAAGUCUUGGACAACCUGGGAUCCCUCCCCAACGCCACCGGAGCUGCAGAACUGGACCUGAUCUUCCUUCGAGGCAUUAUGGAAAGUCCCAUAGUCAGAUCCCUGGCCAAGGCCCACGAGCGGCUGGAGGAGACGAAGUUGGAGGCCGUUCGGGAUAACAACCUGGAGCUGGUGCAGGAAAUCCUUCGGGACCUGGCGCAGCUGGCGGAGCAGAGCAGCACCGCUGCAGAACUGGCACGCAUCCUCCAGGAGCCCCACUUCCAGUCCCUCUUGGAGACACAUGACUCAGUGGCCUCAAAGACCUAUGAGACCCCACCCCCCAGCCCAGGUCUAGAUCCCACGUUCAGCAAUCAGCCAGUACCCCCUGAUGCGGUGCGCAUGGUGGGCAUCCGCAAGACAGCUGGAGAACAUCUGGGUGUGACGUUCCGAGUGGAGGGCGGUGAGCUGGUGAUUGCUCGCAUUCUGCACGGGGGCAUGGUGGCUCAGCAAGGCCUGCUGCACGUUGGUGACAUCAUCAAGGAAGUGAACGGGCAGCCAGUGGGCAGCGAUCCCCGGGCGCUGCAGGAGCUCCUGCGUAAUGCCAGUGGCAGUGUCAUCCUCAAGAUCCUGCCCAGCUACCAGGAGCCCCACCUGCCCCGACAGGUAUUUGUUAAAUGCCACUUCGAUUAUGACCCUGCCCGCGACAGUCUCAUCCCCUGCAAGGAAGCAGGCCUGCGCUUCAACGCUGGGGACUUGCUUCAGAUUGUGAACCAGGAUGAUGCCAAUUGGUGGCAGGCGUGCCAUGUAGAAGGGGGCAGUGCUGGGCUCAUCCCCAGCCAGUUGUUGGAGGAGAAGCGGAAAGCGUUUGUCAAGCGGGACCUGGAACUGACCCCGACUUCAGGGACCCUGUGUGGCAGCCUUUCGGGAAAGAAGAAGAAGCGAAUGAUGUAUUUGACAACCAAGAAUGCAGAGUUUGACCGCCACGAGCUGCUCAUUUACGAGGAGGUGGCCCGCAUGCCCCCAUUCCGCCGGAAAACCCUGGUGCUGAUUGGCGCUCAGGGUGUGGGCCGACGCAGCCUGAAAAACAAACUCAUUCUGUGGGAUCCAGACCGCUAUGGCACCACAGUGCCCUACACAUCCCGGAGGCCCAAGGACUCGGAAAGGGAAGGGCAAGGCUACAGCUUUGUGUCUCGCGGGGAGAUGGAGGCCGACAUCCGUGCUGGACGCUACCUGGAACAUGGCGAGUAUGAGGGCAACCUGUACGGCACGCGUAUCGACUCCAUCCGUGGCGUGGUUGCCUCCGGCAAGGUGUGCGUGCUGGACGUCAACCCCCAGGCGGUGAAGGUCCUGAGGACAGCUGAGUUUGUCCCUUAUGUGGUAUUCAUUGAGGCCCCUGACUUUGAGACCCUUCGAGCCAUGAACCGGGCUGCGCUGGAGAGCGGCGUGUCCACGAAACAGCUGACGGAGGCAGAUCUGAGGCGGACAGUGGAGGAGAGCAGCCGCAUCCAGAGGGGAUACGGGCACUACUUCGACCUCAGCCUGGUCAACAGCAAUCUGGAGAGGACCUUUCGUGAGCUCCAGGCUGCCAUGGAGAAGCUUCGGACAGAGCCCCAGUGGGUGCCCGUCAGCUGGGUGUACUGAGCUCUGCUCUGGACCUUGCUCCCUGCCUGGUUGGGAAUCCAUCCAUCCUUCAGCCCACUUGUGACACCCCCUGCCCCGAUAACGAUCUCCUCACCCCCCCAUCCCAUCCCUGGUUUUCCCUGGAUCACAGUUCCCAACAGGCUUCAGUCCAGAGGUGUGCACUGCCAGGGAGGUGGGUGUUCAUAGGGUACCUCUGUACCCAGGUGCUGCCCACUCCCGAUGCCCACUGGCCACCAGACAUCCCUCUCUAAGGAUCAUGCUGUGUCCAGGAGCAUCUCAGAGUCCCUCCUGGGAUGCUCAGACCAGGGAAGAGCAGAACUGCUUGGACCUUGUGGUCAGUAGGUCUAGGACCCUACCAGCCUGUUCUCCUUGGGGCUGGCCACACCCACCCUGUUCCCUGGCCCCUCCCACUCCUUCCUAUAGUCCUUGCAACAGCCUUGGGCUGUUCUCCUGUGGCCAGGUACUCAGACCACUGGGCAGUGGUGUCAGUCUGGGCUGUUUUAGAGACUGGGGAAGUCCCAUCCUGAGCCAGCCGUUGUAGCUGGUGGCACGGGCCUCAGCUCCUCCAGGAGCAAACGUAGCCUGGUCCCUCCUUUAUUCCUAGCUUCUCACUGCCAAAGUCUCUCCACGAACUUUCUUCAUGUGUCCGUCCCUCUUUUAUAAGCCCUGCUCCCCAAACAUUGCGACUGGCAGGUGGCAGGAGGCUUAGCCCAGGUUGGGAAUAGGGCCUAGAAAGCUGAACCCUCCGUUGCUGGGACCUAAAGGACUCCCGGCUCCACAGCCCACACCAGGCUCUGUUCGCUUUGAGCUUUUCUCUGAAUGGAUCUCGGUGGCCCCUGGCAUUAGGGCUGGUAAGCUUGGACUUGAAGAUGGGGUGGAGAGACUGUGAGUCUGGGCUUGGAAACAGACAGGCUAGCUUUAGUAGCACUUGCCACACAACUCCAAGGGAGAGCCAUUGGCACUCCAGGCUGGGCAGUCUGUGGCUCUGCCUGCUGAGGUGCUGGUCAGCGUUCCUGGCCUUGGUGUGUGUGUGUUGUACGUGUGUGUGCAUAUGCACAGAUGUGGUUUGGUUUGAGGGGAGGCAGAGGACUGCUUUUUCUUGGAGCUGGUCCAUUGAGGCCCCCAGAGCUCGGGCCUUCCUCUACUCUCCUCUUGUCCCCUAUCCUAAGUACCAGCCUUUAGUCCUCGAGGAGGGUGAUUUUGUAAAUUAGGAGAAUCCUUUUAAAAACUCUUGUCCUUGACAUCCGGAGACAUCUCAUCCCUCAUCCUUCUUGAGGGGGCUCCUGUCCUCUCAGGGACCCCCCCCCGGCACCCCCACCCUGUGCCUCCCAGUUCUCCUGAGUGUCAGUCUUUGCUGCAGUGCCAGCCCAAGCUGACCCCUGAACCACUGUGUGCCCAUUUCCUAGGGGAGGGGA